GCGACAAUGGCGUGUGUUUUCGUUCUCUGAACAGCUCGCGGUUCUUGUUUUUGCCGCGAAAUCGUGUUUUGUAAAAUCCGUACUGGUCGACUCUUGAUGACUAGACGUCGAGAGAAGCAUCGCAAACAUGUAUAUAAAGUCAAUGGUGAUCGAGGGCUUCAAGUCCUAUGGAAAAAGGGUCGAGAUCAAUGGAUUUGAUCGGGAAUUCAAUGCUAUCACUGGUUUGAACGGCAGCGGUAAAUCCAACAUUCUCGACUCGAUAUGCUUCGUUCUGGGGAUCUCCAAUCUCUCAAAUGUGAGAGCAAGCAAUUUGCAAGAGCUUGUUUACAAAUCUGGUCAAGCCGGCGUAAAAAAAGCUAGUGUAACCAUAGUCUUUGACAAUCGCAACAGAGAAUCAUCUCCUAUGGGAUAUGAAGAUUAUGAGGAGAUAACAGUAACAAGACAAGUUGUUAUAGAUGGAAAAAAUAAGUAUAUGAUUAAUGGUUCUAAUGUACCAAACAAAAGAGUUCAAGAUAUGUUUUGCUCUGUGCAACUUAAUGUAAACAAUCCACACUUUUUAAUUAUGCAAGGUAGAAUUACUAAGGUACUGAACAUGAAACCACCAGAAAUUUUGUCUAUGAUUGAAGAGGCUGCAGGAACAAAAAUGUAUGAAACCAAAAAAGCAGCCUCUUUGAAGCUUAUUGAAAAGAAGGAUAGCAAACUGCGUGAAAUCAAUGAUAUUUUAAAAGAUGAAUUGGGACCUAAAAUUGCCAAAUUGAAAGAAGAAAGAGCUCAGUACAUGGAAUACCAACGUGUAACAAGAGAACUUGAACAUUGUAAGAGGAUUUACAUAGCAUGGAAGUAUGUAAAUGCUUUGAGAAACAGUGACAAAGCUAAUGAAGAUGUUCAAGCAAUCAAACAAAAAAUUGAAGACAAACAAAAAAAUAUUAAAGAUGGUGAACAAGAAAUUAAAAACAUCGAGCAAUUGAUUGUUGAAAUAACUGAAAAGAGAAAUUCUGAACAGGAUGACAAACUGGGUGAAAUAGAACAAAAUCUUCGUGAGGCAGAAAAAAAGGAACACAAAAUAACAGCUGAAAUUAAUAGCAAUAAAGAAAAUAUUAAAGCUGCAGAAACAACUAUUAAACAGUUAAAAAGCAAUCUUAAAGAUGAUGAAAAAUUAUUAGAAGUCAAGUUAAAAGAAAUAGAUAAAGUGGGUGGACUUUUUGAACAAUUAAAGGAACAAGAUAGACUGGAUUCAGAAGCUGUUGUAGCUGCUCAAGAAGCUUACCAGAAAAUUAGUUCAGGUUUAUUGCAAUGUGAUGACGGUACUAAUGCAACUUUAGAACAACAGCUUAUAAACGCAAAACAAAAUCUCAGUCAAGCACAGACUGAAAUUAAGCAAUGUGAAAUGACAUUAGUCCAUAAUAAACAGCAACUAAUGGCAAAAAAAUCGGAAAUGCAAAGUACUGAAAAUGAUUACAGAAAAGAUAACAAAAAGUUAGAGGAUAUGCAAAAAGAUUUGAAAAAUUUUGAAAAUGAGCUGAGCAAAUUGAACUACCAGGAUGGUUUGCUGGAAUCAUUGGAAGAACAAAAAGGAGCUUUAAUAAGAGAAGUAAGGAGACUAAGUGAUCAAGUUGAUAAUGUUGAAUCACAGUACCCUAAUCUACGAUUUUAUUACAAAGAUCCAAAGCCUAAUUUUAACAGAGCAUCAGUAAAAGGUCUUGUUUGCAAGUCAAUCACUGUUAAAGAUCGAAAAGCAGCCUAUGCUUUAGAAAUUGCUGCUGGAGGAAGGCUUUAUAAUGUCAUGGUUGAUUCUGAUCAAACUGGUAAAGAUAUACUGAAGUAUGGCCAAUUGCAAUCGCGCGUAACGAUUGUACCAUUAAACAAAAUAGUUGGACGUGUCAUGGACCAAAGAACUAUAGAGAUUGCACAAAAUCUUGUAGGUGCAGAGAAUGUGCAACCAGCUAUUGAAUUAAUAGAAUAUCCUGAAGAAACAAGGGCAGCAAUGCAUUGGAUAUUUGGAAACGUUUUUAUUUGUAAAGACAUGAAUGUUGCUAAACAAGUAGCUUACCAUAGAAAUAUAAUGAAAAAAUGUAUUACAUUGCAAGGAGAUGUAUUUGAUCCAUCAGGUGUCCUUUCUGGUGGUUCAGCUGCACGAGGAGGUUCGGUAUUACUAAAAUUAGAUGAGCUGAAGGAACUUCAAUAUGCUUUAAAUGAGAAAGAACAGUCCCUUCAAGAAAUCAAUGCGAGAAUAGCAAGUAUUCACAAAACAGCUGAUAGAUUUAAUUCUCUAAAACAACAAUUUAAUGUCAAACAGCAUGAGUUGGAUAUGGUUAAGCAGCGAUUACAAAAAACGACGCACCAUCAAUUAAAAACAGAAGUCGACAUACUGGAGUCUUCGCUUAAAGAAUUAACUGAAAAAAUGGCAGCAGCUAAAGAGCUUGAAAAAACUAGUGCAAAGAGAGCUAAAGAGAUUGAAGCACAGAUAAAAGAUGCGGAUAACAUACGAGAAAAACAAUUAAAAGAAGCAGAAAAUAAAUUAAAAACGUUGAAGAAAAAAGCUGAAGCAAGUAGAAAAGAGUGGCAAAAAAGGGAGCAAGAAUCUGAAACGCUUAAUUUGGAAACGUCUGAAAUUCAAAAAGCUAUAGAAAAUGGUAAAGAACAGCUUAAGAAAGCGGAAGAAAAACUUAACGAAAUAAAGGAAAAAGGUAACGCUCUUAAAAGCGACCUUGAUGAAGCAAAUGUAGUAGUUAAAGAAUUCCAAAAUGAAUUGAAAGCUCGAAAAGAUGCCAUACACCAACACAAUAUUGAAAUCCAAAAGUUGCAACAUAAAAAAGAAAAUAUUUUAAAACAAGCACAAGAAAGUGAAUUAGAAAUAAAGAAAUUAAAUCAUGAAGUCACUGCCAUAAAAGUAACUGCUGCAGAUUGUAAGAAUAAGAUCGCUGAUUAUCUUCGGAGGCAUGAGUGGAUUAAACAAGAUGAAAAAUACUUCAAUGAAAAAGGGAGCAUGUAUGAUUUUGAAGCUAAUAAUCCAGAAGAGAUGGGUCAAAAGACACGAGAGCUGGAAAGUCUCCUUAAUAAGCUAAGUAGAACAGUAAACGCCAGGGCAAUGCAUCACCUUAAUCAAGAAGAGGAGCAACAUACAGAAUUGUUGAAAAAGAAAAAGAUCUUAGAGGGUGACAGGAAGAAGAUUUUAGAUUCUAUUAAAAAGCUAGACGAAAAGAAGAAAAUGACACUUCUAGAAGCUUGGGAACGAGUAAACAAAGAUUUUGGAUCUAUAUUUAGUAGUUUACUUCCUGGUGCAGAUGCUAAACUUGAACCUCCUGAAAAUCAAACAGUCCUUGAAGGAUUAGAAGUGAAAAUUGCACUUUGUGGAGUUUGGAAAGAUUCACUGGGUGAAUUGUCAGGAGGGCAAAGAUCUCUUGUCGCUCUUUCAUUAAUUCUAGCUAUGUUACUGUUCAAACCUGCACCACUUUACAUUUUGGAUGAAGUUGAUGCUGCAUUAGAUUUGUCGCAUACAGAGAAUAUCGGUGCCAUGUUGAAGCGGCACUUCAAAAGCUCGCAGUUCAUUGUUGUAUCAUUAAAAAAUGGUAUGUUUAACAAUGCUAAUGUUCUCUUUAAAACGCGUUUUGUUGAUGGUAUGUCGGCAAUAACAAGAACCGAAAGACCUAGAGGAAAGUAA